UCCAGGGGCUACCAGAGAUAUUGGUUCAGCUCUGACCAGGAUGUGCAUGAGACAUCGCAGCAUUGAGGCCAAACUUCGCCAGUUCACAAAUGCUUUGAUGGAGAGUCUCAUCAAUCCUCUCCAGGACAAGAUUGAAGACUGGAAAAAGACCGCCAAUCAGCUGGAUAAGGAUCAUGCCAAAGAGUACAAGAGGUCACGCCAUGAGAUCAAAAAGAAGUCAUCUGACACCAUGAAACUGCAGAAGAAGGCUCGUAAAGCACCGCAGGGCGCGGGGACCUGCAGCCCCAGCUGGACAGCGCCAUGCAGGAUGUGACCGACAUGUGCCUGCUGAUGGAGGAGACGGAGAAGCAGGCGGUGCGACGCGCCCUGGUGGAGGAGAGGGGCCGAUUCUGUACUUUUAUUAGCUUCCUUCAGCCCGUCGUGAAUGGAGAGAUCGCCAUGCUGGGCGAGAUCACCCACCUCCAGGCCAUCAUCGACGACCUCACUGUGCUCACGACCGAUCCUCACAAACUGCCCCCCGCAAGUGAACAGGUGAUUAAGGAUCUGAAGGGGUCAGAUUACAGCUGGUCCUAUCAGACCCCCCCAUCAUCCCCGAGCAGCUCUGGCUCCCGAAAGAGCAGCAUGUGCAGCAGCGUCAACAGUGCCCACAGUAGUGCCUCCCGUUCGUCGGGGGGAGGCGUAGGUAUUGCCGGUGGAGGAGGCUCCCAGCCACACUCACCCACCUCCUCCUCCUCCUCCUAUCGCUACCGCAGCAGCCUGCCGCAGCAGCCCCCGCCCCCGGGGGGCAUCGCCGCCCACCGCCUCAGCAGCGUGUCCUCUCACGAUUCGGGCUUCGUGUCGCAGGACGCCAACAUCUACUCCAAGCCUCCGUCGCCCAUGCCGUCAGACAUCACCAGUCAGAAGUCAUCCAGCUCUGCAUCAUCGGAAGCCUCAGAAACCUGCCAGUCGGUCAGCGAAUGCAGCUCCCCAACUACCGAUUGGUCCAAAGCAGGUCAGUACGAGCAGCCGGUUGCCGCGGCUCCGGUUCAGAGAAGAAAGGAACCUCUCGAUCGACUGAGGGAGAGCGAGGGGUCACCAAGCUCCCAGGGGUACGCUGGGGCAGCGCACCUCGACGACGGCCAGAGACCCAGGAUGACCCCGGCCACGAUCGCUGCCAAGCAUGGAGAAGAGGUUUCCCCAGCAGCCAGCGACCUGGCCAUGGUACUGACCAGAGGCCUGAGUAUGGAGCAGCAGAAAAGCAGCAGGGACUCGCUGCAGUACUCCAGUGGUUACAGCACAGAGACAACCACCCCUUCCUGCUCUGAAGACACGAUUCCUUCACAAGGUUCGGAUUAUGACUGCUAUUCUGUCAACGGUGACACAGAGGGUCCAGAUGGACAGGCAGAGUUUGACAAGUCCUCCACAAUCCCUCGUCAUUCCAACAUAGCCCAGAACUACAGGCGCAUGAUCCAGACCAAGAGGCCCGCCAGUACGGCCGGCCUGCCCAGUGGAGUGCUUGGUCCAGGGGUUCACGGGAUACCGGGACAGUCAGGCGGGGCCGGCGGAGGAGGGUCAGGUACUCCGGGCACCGCCACCAUCCGCCGAACCCCAUCUACCAAACCGGGAGUGAGGCGCACGUUGUCCAACGCGGGGCCGAUCCCUAUCCGACCACCCAUUGUGCCUGUCAAAACACCCACCGUUCCCGGAGACUCGCAUUCCCCCGGGGCCGGAGGGUACGCGGGUGGAGGGCAUCCAAGUGGCGUGCCCGUCCGUGUGGGCAGCGAGGAGUGUGUGUUCUUCACCGGAGCCGAAGACACGCAAGGAGGGCUCGACUACGUGAAGGCCUCCCCGAAACGCCUCAGCCUGCCCAACACCGCCUGGGGAUCAGGAGCGGCGUUAGAGGUCUACGCCCAGCAACACGGGGGCCUCGUGAUGGCGGUGGGCUCGGGGUCCGAGGAGGAACAGAUGAUCGCGGCGAAUCGCCACAGCUUAGUGGAGAAGAUCGGCGAGCUGGUGGCCAGCGCACACGCCCUCGGUGAAGGGCAGUUUCCUUUCCCCACCCUCCCGGAUGACCCUGCGCCGCCACCAACGGGCUCUGCAGACUCUCAGACAGGGACAGAGGGGGCCGAGGGGUCCGGCGACAUGCUGACCACCAUCAGGAGAGGGGUUCGCCUUCGCAAAACAGUCUCCAACGACCGCUCAGCUCCACGUAUAUUGUGAUUGGAUGAACAGCGAAAAGAAGAGGAUGAUUGUCGGCUGAUGGGGGUCAGGUGUUAGCGUGGAGUAAUCCAACCACCUAGUACAUACACACCUUAAUCAUGUAGGGAAAGAUAUAAUAUAUAUCAUAAGACGAAUGAAAACAAAACAUACACAAAAUAUGUUUAAAAACACCUUUAGAGUAAAAGAUAUAUAAUAUAUUGAUAAUGAUAACAUUGAUAAUGUUAACCCAUUCUGACCGUUAAAAGUUAAGUACUCAAUAUUUGACAGGUUCUUAGCAGGCCUCUAUAACUAGUGUGUGUUGGACGCAUGUUUGUCUUCUAUACACCCUCACCCAGGGACUGAAAGACUCACAGGAAAAAGAAGAUACGAUUUUAUAAAAAGAAAAGAGGCAAAGAAAGAACGAAACGCCGAGUUUUGUUUCUGUUUGCCCUCACACCCUCCUCUCGAUUCUUUUCUCUUACUAACCUGACUGUCUGAUCUCAGAUGAGACUGGUGACUGCAGGAGGGGCUGAUGGGGCGAAUGAGAGAAAGAGGAGUCAGAGUGCCAUGUGGCCAGCUGGAUUUGAACCCAGGCUUGUCUCAGCAGCAAUGCACUGUCCUUUCGAAGCCCAAUGAUCUGAAGUUUUGGUACUAGCACGAGGAGCUAACAAACAAAAAGGCCUUUCUGGUUCGUCCUAACGUCAGAGACUAAAAAAAGCGUUGUUGGUAUUGAACCGUGCUAGUUCCCCCCUUCCCCUCUAUCUCUCUAGUGUGGCCGUGCUUUCAUGUGUAUGCAUGGGGGCAAAUGUAAAAUAGGGUGUGUGGGUACAUUUGACUGAUUUAUGGUGUGAAUGUGUGUGUGUGAGGGGGGUGGGUAGAGCUCUGCUGCAGGACAGCUGGUUACCCAUUGAGGGCAGGGCUUUUCUCCUGUUGUGUUGUGUGUGCAUUUUUCUUGUUUAUAUUGUGACGUCAUUUACCUUGUUACCACUGUACGAGAAGUCACGAGACGUAUUCCAGGCGUAUAGAUAUAUUCAUAUAUAUUUUCUAGAACCAGAAAGAAAAUGUUAAAUCAGAAAUGGAGCAAUAAAUGUGUUUUAUUUUUUUGGUUCAAAGAAUCGGAUUGAUGAAGGAUUCUCCUUCGUCCCAUUCAGGCAAUCAUCAGGAAUGCGAAAUUACACAUCGACUGUGAAUUAAUGCGUAGUCAGUUUUGUCAUGUGUCUCUCUCUCUGUCCCUGUCUCUUUCAGAUAAAUGAAAUGGAAUAGAUUUUGAAAAAAAAAAGGAAAACUGUAAGCACUUUGAUGGGAUAGAGAAAUGUACAAUAGCCAGUAGGUGUUGGUGUAGUCAUACUGCGUGAUAGGGAAAGUGAGAGUGACAGUUGUGUCCUGAGAAAUUUAUUUAAUUUUUGAAAGAGGAAGACAGGAAGAAAUGGGAAGAGGAAGUGAUGAGGACAGGUGACACUGGAGUAAUUGGUCAAAUAAGUGGCAGGAUAAGAAGGUAGCGCAAAUUAUUGAUCUAAUAAUAGAUCAGGCAUCAGGGGUACCAAAUGUUGGAUUGUGUUUAUGCACUGGUAUUUGAAGGAUUUAACACAUAAUGGAAAAAGGUUAAAAAAACAAAACAUUGCAUUUCUCAAUGAGACUAUUUUGGAUUAUGCUCCUUGUGCUGCUAUUAGUAAUAAUUUAACAUGUUUUGGUUAAUAUUAAUCUCAGUCUUUAAAGUCAAAGAAAAAAUUAGACAAUACAUUUUCAAAUCUUCUGAACACAAUCUGUUUAUUGUAGAACAACUCAAACACUUGUUUCUUAAAACAGUCACAUUAUCUUGACAUACAUAUGUAUAUACACAUUUGUAUACACACACAUAGUGUAUAUAUGUGUAUAUACCCACAUAUGUAUAAAUGCAUUACAAUGCAAGCAUAUAAGAAAAUAUAGUCUCAUUUAUGAAUACAGCAAGGUUUUUUGUUUGUAGGUUAGGAAAUUUAGGCCUCGGGCAUAACUGCACAACUAUUUGAUUCAUUUAAUUUUUUGUUUAAUACGUUGUUUAAUAAUAGGGCUUUCUGUAACCCGGUCAGUUCUCCAUAUUCCUAAAUGUACAGAGUGUUGUUAACAGUGUUGGGCAGUUCUUGCAAGUGCUUUGCUAUAUACAGACAGCCAUAAAGGAUUACAGUUUAUUAAAACCUAAAAUUUGUUUGCAGCAGCUGGAGGAGUUAGCUAGGUUCAUGCAUGCCAUCGUUGCUCUUCUUGAGCUAUCAUCUAGCUGCUGAAGGUUUUGUCUUCUUUCCUAAUCUUUCAGUUGAGUAUUAAACAUGUACAAAUUAUUUAAAAUCUUGAUGUACAGCCGAAGCAAGCUGCCAUUGAUUUAAAGUUUUCUUUAGUUGUCUUGGAACUUGCCCAACACUAUUUACAAAUUAGAUGUAACCUGAAAACUAGACACUGAGUUAUUGAGUCUAAAAGAAAACAUGAAUUAAUUAAUUCAAAGUAAUUGGGUUUCUAAUAGUGUAAAUAAAUCAUACUCAAUUAAAAAAAAAAAAGAGGAAAAAUCAACAGAAAAAAGAGGAAAUCACCAGGCCAACACAAUACAGUUCAGAACAAAUAGUCCAAUUCAGUUUAUCAUAGUGCAGAUAACCCAGUUAAGCUCAGGCCACGACUUUGUGAGGGUUUUUAUUUAUGGUUAUGAAAAUUUAUCAAUAUGUGAACCUGCUGGAUCUGCUCGAUGAUGGCAAAGAAGCAGCGAGAUCUAGAUCAGACGUCUGAAGUUGGCGGGGAGAGGAGACGAUGCGUGGAGUUAGCAUUUCACUGCCUGUUCAUACAAUAUGUACUGUAUAUGCUGUACUUGUAAAGAGAGUCAGGUGCGCAGAUUUGGUAUAAAGGUUUGUUUGAAAAAAAUUACGUGGAAUAAUCCAUUUGUCAUGUUUUUUCCUUCUACAGUACUGUUUGAAUACUAAGUCUUACUUUUAAUUAAUGUACAAAGAAGAAAAAACUCCAGUUGUGACACAAACUAUGAAGCUGUGCAACAUACGGAUGUAAGAUGUCUGGACCAAGAGUGAGUGCGUUCUUGUUUGGCUGUUGAUUUGUAGGCUAGUGACCCCUCCCACACCAUGUCUUUACACUCCUCUAGCAGUGACCUGAACAUAGGCAGAGAUAUCUGCUCUCUCAUCGAUGUAAUGCCUUGACUAGAGCAUUUUUGACAUAUUUGUGGCUGAUUAGCGAGAGCAAUAGAAUGCUUUCUUUUGUUUAAGAGUAACAUUUUAAUCCGUUUUUCUGACAUGUUCUGCAAGCACACUUUUUGUUUUCUUUUAUUGAAUUCUUGCAUUUCUUUAUUUCUUUUUGUCAUGGGGACCCACUGUACUGUAAGUGUGUUGUUUAAAGUGGAUGCUGAGUGUGAGGGGACUGAAUGAGAGGGUGGAAGGGGAAAAAAAACCAUGAAGCUUGGGUUCCAUUCGUGGAAAGGAAAAUAAUUAUAUAUUGGCAAGAAUAUGUUCAUCUGAAAAGUUUGUCUUAAAGACCAUGUCGGGAUCACACUGUACAAGAAUCUACAUAUGUAUGUUGAAUGUACUGCAAAAUUAAGGGGGGGGGUCAUCAAUCUGCACAUGUUUGAUUUGUUGGAACUGUUGCAUUUCCAGAGCUUUGCUCUCGAACAACUAAGUCUACGUCUACAUUCAAAGCAGUAUGAAAGCAAUACGGGGCAGUGUGCACGUAUGUAGAUUCACAUUGAUGUUCCACUGUGGGUAAGAUAAAGGAAAAUACCACUGUCUCUCUCCCUGUAUGAGUACUCCACUUACAGAGAGCCAGUUAUUUCUUAUGUAAAGAAUUUACGGGUCCUGGUCACUUUUGAUUCUUUUAAACUGUUGUAUAACAAUUCAGCACCAAACCAGGAUUUUACUGAAAUAGUCUACUUCGCACAGUAGAAUAUUCUAACUGGAUGAGAUCUCAACUAAAGCUAAACAGCAUAUAUCAAAUUGUAAAAGGGGAUGACUGAUGAUAUGAUCAGUGUAAAAUGAGAAAUAACAACACUGCUAUUUUCCUUUAAAGUGCCCAGUUAACAGCACAAAAAAUAUUACUAAAUAAUGUUUUAAAAUGCUAAAUGAACUGUGUACUGAACUAACUGUGUGAACAUGCUGAUAUAUCUAUUCUGCUGCAGUGUCAAUAUGUCAAUUUUUCUGAGUGUGUGGGUAUGUGGAUAGAAAUAUGCUGACCAGCAAAUAGGUAAAGCUGGUGCCUGUACAUACAUAGGAACUUCGAUUUACAUGCGUGCAGGCAUGCGUGCAUACACACAAGCACACAUACACACAUAGACAUAGGAUAGAAAUACGAAAUUCCUUCUUCUUCCACGGUGAAACAUGACAUACUUCUAAUAACAGUUUAAGGGAACAAGCAUCAUGUGGUGUUAUAUUGUUACAUUAGUUGAAUCAUUUGGAUUCAUCAAAAAGUCUAAACUAGAACUUCCAAAAUCUUUCAUAUAUUUUAGAUAGUUUUUCCAUCAGUUUAUUCGCUUUUGUUUCUUACCAAGGCCGAUUUAUGGUGAAAAAUGUAGGUCUGGUUAGAUAGUCCAAAUGAACUUUUCAUAAGACAAAGUAAAAUAACAAAAAUUGGGGUUUAGAAAAGGCAUUUUUUUAGCUCAGAUGUGUCACAAAGGCUUUCUGUGAUGGUAGGAAUGGGCAGUAUGCAUACAUCAUUGAUAUUAAUAAUACUCUUAAUCUCAAAAUGAGUCCAACGUGUAAAGAAUGUGUUUAAUCGAUAGAAUAUCCCACAUAAUAUGCAAUAGUCUGAUCUGCCUGGAGGGGCCACUGAAGUUGAUAGCUAAAUUACUCUUACCAACCACCUGAUCCUUAUUUUCUUUAUUUACACACUAUUUUAGUUUCUUAUAUUGCUCUCAACCUUCAUCCUCAUCCAUUCAUCAGUAAACUCGGGGAUGCCAAGUAGCUGGCAAAUUAUUAAAAAAUGCUCGUCACGGUGGUUGACGACAGCUCCCAUUGACUGUGGUCUGUGUCUUGGUGCCUCUCAGCCUGCGUAGGCUAAUUAUUUGGAUGAAGUCUUUAUUUCCACUGCAGUUCACAGUGAAAACGACACAUAGAGACUCAGUUUACUGUACAUCUUUGCCCCCCCCCAUCCUCUACAUCUCUGUGUCUGUCAACUACCUUUUUGUAUGCAUGUGCGGAAAGGUACAAAUGUGAUAAUGUGCCAUAAUGCCUGUGUGGGUUGUUCAAAGUGUUGGCAUCAUUAAAUAUGAGUAAGAUUCUCCUUAGUGGACACUGUUACAGGAGCUU